AUGGAGAACAACAAACAACCAAUGGCUAUCUGGCGGCGACCACGCCGACUGCCCUCUGCGAGAAACAUCGCGAUCGUCUUUGUCCUUCUGUUGGUACUGAAUUACUUCCGAGCAUGGGGCAUGGAAUACGCAGCGAGCUCGAGCCCACAAGCACUCACACAACCUCCGGAGGCGCCGGAGCCACUCGUGGAGACGUCGACAGACUCGUCCCCGGAGGCACCAGCAGCGGCCCCGGCAGAGAUCCCAGAAGAGAUCCCUUUCCAGGCGGCUGACGCACAGCUCCCAGUCGUGGCACCAAGACCCGGCAGGAUACCCAAAAAGAUCUGGUACAAGUUGGGGCCAAAGGGUCUCAGCUACGAGGCGAACCUGUGGACGGACACGUGCAUCUCACAGAACCCUGAGUACCACGCAGAGUUCCUGACAGAUGAGUCUGCCGACGACUUUGUCCGCGAGAAAUACGCAGACCGCCCGGACAUUGUGGCGACGUACAUGGCCCUCACCAUACCCAUCGUCAAGGCCGACAUGCUGAGGUACCUCCUGCUCUACUCCGAGGGCGGCGUCUGGUUCGACCUUGACGUUUCGUGCGAGGGCAUACCGGUAGACGAGUGGAUCCCCCAGGAUCUCAAGGAGGAUGUCGGCCUGGUCGUGGGCUGGGAGUUUGACGCUGGGUAUCCGUACCCGUUCGAGCGCCAGUUCACAACGUGGGCCGUCAUGGCCGAGAAGGGCUCGCGGCACCUGAUCGCUGUGGUCGAGGACAUUGUGAGGUCGGUGGAGCGCGUCGCCAAGGAGAAUAAUGCCACGAUCCCGCAGCUCAAGAUGGACAUGGUCGGCGAUGUGGUGGAGUUGACCGGGCCGAGGAGGUUCGCGAAGAGCGUCACCGAGAGCGUGCGGGCCUCGCUGAACGGGACGAGUGGCUGGAAGGGGUGGGAUGAGUAUUAUGAAAUCCUGGAGCCGAAGCUAGCUGGCGAUGUCUUGAUUCUCCCGGGAUACUCCUUGGCGGCCCUGUUCAACACGUACGAAGAAGGGGGCCAGGGCCCAUCUUUGGUGGUUCACCACUAUGCCGGUUCUUGGAAGAAUGACUACGGUGGGGAGAGGGCGGAGGAGCAAGAGAAGCCAUAUGAUCUGUCACACUAG